AUGAGCACGAGCGUCGACGGCGCAGUGGAGGAGCUGAUCCCGAGCGUGCGCGUCAUCUACUUCCGGGACUUGAGCUCGUGGGACAUCCCGCAGGUGCGGCUCCUGCACGAGGAGUGGUUCCCCAUCCGCUACAACCAGGCGUUCUACGACGGCGCGGCCCAGGGGCUCUGGAUGGAGACGGGCGGGCCGCUGUUCGCGCGUCUGGCGGUGGAGAUGCAGCCGUCGCCCGAGCUGGUGCAGCCCCGAGCGGAGGACCGACGCGACGAGCACAUCCUCGGGGCCGUGACGGCCAGCACGCUGCCGCUCAGCAAGGUGGACGACCCGGACCUGAUCUCCCCCGACGACUGGGAGCACACGCACAUCAUGUACAUCCUGACGCUGGGCACCAAGUCGUCCGUGCGGAGGAUGGGCAUCGCCUCCGCGCUGCUGCAGGAGUGCAUCGCCCAGGCCUGUCGCCAGCCGCAGUGCGGCGCCGUCUACCUCCACGUCAAGGCCGACAACCUCAGCGCCAGACAUUUCUACGAGAAGAACGGGUUCCAGAACCUGCGGUACCUCCAAGACUACUACAUGAUUGACGGCGUUCGACAUGAUGCAUUCCUGUACAUUCGCUAUGUGAACGGCGCUGCUCCGCAGAGCGGCUGGUUCGAUCUCAUCACAAGACCGCUGUUUGCAUUGUUCUCGAUUGCUUCGUUCGGCUGGAAAAAGCUCAUCGAGGGGUUCACCGUAGAAGAUUUCGAGGACGACACCACAGCAGAGAAGCUCGCUCGACCGGCCCCAGUGGAACCAGCAAACAUAGUUCCGGUAUGA